CACCACACUGCUCAUUCAUCUACUCGCGCAAGAGGCAAGAUGGCGACAGAUGUGGCUCUAGAGACCUCUAUGGGCGUUAUAACCUUCGAACUAUACAACAACCAUGCGCCGAAAACCUGCAAAAACUUUGCGACCCUGGCUCAUCGCGGCUACUACAAUGGCAUAGUGUUUCACCGUAUCAUCCCAAACUUCAUGGUGCAGACUGGCGACCCUACCGGUACGGGUCGAGGCGGCGCCUCGAUCUAUGGCGAAAAGUUCGAGGACGAGAUUGAUCCUGCAUUGAAGCACACUGGAGCUGGAAUUCUCAGCAUGGCGAACAGCGGACCAAACACGAAUGGUAGCCAAUUCUUCAUCACGUUGGCGCCGACACCUUGGUUAGAUGGCAAGCAUACAAUAUUUGGGAGGGUCAAAGGUGGAAUGAGGGUAGUACAGAGGAUGGGAAUGGUCAAGACUGGUCCUGAGGACAGGCCGGUCGAUGAACUAAAGAUUGUAAAAGCCAAGAUUGUGGAACAAACGGAGGAAAUCUGACCUUCCAGUAUUUGGGUCAAGGCUAUAUAAUCUUGAUUGAUUCUUCCAGGGGUUUUGGAGCGAAGAUGGAACAAUCUCAUGACGGCCCCUGUGCAGCAGAGCGAAACCUGACCAGUAGGGUAUUCAGAGUCACAGAGGCCAUUGACGGCGUCAAAAAUGAUAAGAUAAAGUAAGAAGAAUAAGACUACACGAAUCUAAACUUCAAACCAUGAAGAACCUUGUUGACCCUGUGCGAAAUAUCAUUAAUUUUACCCAAAGUCCUUGAAGACGUAUUGCAUAUGUGCGAUAGCUUCAUGAAAACUUCUUUUAAACGCCGAUGACAUGCGUGAAACGUCGAACUUUUUAUUCAGUGCACGGGAUACGAUUGACUAGUACAGCCAUGGGC